AUGGCGCAAACGCUGGCAAUGCCCGUGGCACCCUCACUCGCUAUCAUCUCCAAUACUCGCCUAUCCAACACAGUCUCCGUUACCGUUCCGAACCCUCAUAUUCCCAAGGUUCACGGGUUAAGCAUCAAGUGCGCUCGUGUUGGCGGGGUGGAGAUUCCAAACAACAAGCGGAUCGAGUACUCGCUGCAGUACAUUCAUGGAGUUGGGAGGAAUAGAGCGCGACAGAUCCUGUAUGACAUAAACAUGGAUAAUAAAAUGACGAAGGAGCUCAGUGAGGAGGAGCUCAUCACUCUCAGGGACGAAGUCUCCAAAUACAUGAUUGAAGGGGACUUGAGACGGUUCAAUGCGAUUAAUAUAAAGAGACUGAAGGACAUUCAGUGCUACAGAGGAAUAAGGCACAUUCAGGGGCUUCCUUGCAGAGGCCAGCGAACCAAGAACAAUUGCAGGACCUUGAAGGGUAAGAAGGUUGCCAUUGCUGGCAAAAAGAAAAAGUAA